UCCAUCCUUCGGCGGCCCCUCAUAGUCGUAUCACGCUUGAGGCUGAGACGGACUAUUCCUCGUCUCCAUAGCCUCGUAGAUUCUCAAAACAUCGAUACCAUCUUCAGGCUUUACUCGACCGGCCCCUUUCCAUCGUCCUAUAAUAAUCCGUUCGUACGAAAUAUUAAUGCGGAUGCCUUUGUUCUUGUAUUUGGGGAACUAUUGUAGAUUACGUAUUGAUUGAUGGCGAGCAGAAGCUCGAUUCUAACAAAGCAUUCUUAUUUGAAGACCCUGGAUAGACACAUGGCCAAGCGUUGGGGAAGUAGGUCGAAAUGGGGCGCUACGGUAGAAGCAAGCAUAAAUCCGUCACUAACAAGGCUGCUUCAUGCUAGAAAAGCAGACCCUUUCCUCUAUAUUAAAGCCCGCGCGGGCGUACGCGUUCCCAUCGCUACGCCAUACGAUAGUCGGGAAGACUUCUACCCAGGACAAUUACAAAACGCCAUUUCCGAGUUUUCGAUAUUUAAACUGGUGAAACAACUGUUUCUUCUUUUUCACCUCAAGAAGGCGGGAAUCCGUGACCCACAGAAUAAAUUGCGCAUGCGCAGCCUUCCCUCCUUCCGUCUUGGGCAUAGCGGCAAAGCCUGCUUUCCAGUUUGUCAGGCCGCUCCACUGGAGAAAUAUCGACGAUACAGCCAGAAAAGUCAAAAAGGACAAGUCUCAUUGCUCACUUCAACCCCCCACUGGUCCGCGCAGCUCCUCCCUCGUCCUCGUCCACACCAACUGUAGUCUUGGUGUGGAAAAGUCCCGCAACUAACGCACACCAGCAGCAAUUAAGUUCACGCCCCUUACGCGUAGCGUGCCCCUUGAAGUUCAUCACAUCCUGCCGGCGAACUCGGCGCUCGUCCCGUCCAUAGUCCCCAACGUUUCCGUCGCUAGAUUCCUCGUAUGUCAGAAGGCCGUUCUAACCACACGCAAAAUCUCUCCAGUCCGGACGGGCUCCUUACGCAACAU